UAGUGGAGUGUUCACAUGAAACCCUACCACACACAGCUGCCCACCCACUACCCUUGCCCUCCCCUGCCUUGCCACCGCCACCCCCACCCCCACCCCACACCACACUCCUCUAACUUAGGACUUUUUUAUAUAUACAAGACUAAACUUAACUGUGGAUAUAUUUGUAUCAUUUCCAUUUUACAGCUUGGAUCAGCAUAUUCUCUGUACUCAGGAUUUCGCUCCUAUAAGAUUCUUUCUGAUUACAAGAAGGAAAAUAAUGAUGACCCAACAGACCUUCCUGUGGAUGAAAAAUAUGUUAAUAUUGUCAUCAACUUGGGCUAUGCUGGCAUUGCCUUUGGAGCGAUCUCGCUGUUGGUAAAUUUGUGCCUACUGGCAUCCUACGGCAUGAGGAACAGAUUUUUGGCCUUUCCAUGGGUGUUGUGGAGUCUCUUUGAACUUCUGUUCACUUUGGGAACAACGAUUUUCCUUCUUGCCAUCUGGAAUGGAUUUGCUUAUAUCUUCAUUGGAACAAUCCUUGGAUGGGUCCUAUCGGUAAGUUCUGAUCUAUUUUUACUUUUAAGUGUGGAGUAUGUCUAG